AUGCCACCCCUUACCCCACAGGGCAAACAGAAGCCGCUCCGGCGCCGCUUCCGUUUCAGCGUUCGAUCACUACUCCUCGGCAUGGCCAUCAUCGCUGCGCUCCUUACUUGGCUGGGGAAACCAAUUUACCGUUCCCGCAUCCAGCGACCGAUCGCCCGGCAGAUUGAAGCUGCCGGCGGUACGGUCGUGUACCACUACCAGUUGAAACCUGGGGCGAUCGACUGGUCGAAACCGCCGCCCGGCCCCGCCCUCAUUCGUUCGCUAUUGGGAGACGACACCUUCGCGAACGUCGGGACAGUCCACCUUGGCGAUUCCCCCACCGACGAAGAUGUAGGUCAACUCCCCCAACUGCCCGCUCUACUCGAAGUAUCACUGCACGGCGACGGCAUCACAGAUCGAUGCGUCAGCGAUCUGCUACAGAUACGAAAGCUUCGAGGGCUCGCACUCGCACACACCGCCAUCAGCCCCGAGGGUAUCCAACAGCUAGCCGAGUCCCAGACCCUGCAGAGCCUAUCCCUCAUGGGCCCAGAGAUCACCGACGCACAUGCGCGGCAACUCCACCGCUUCCCAAAGCUCCGCUACCUCCAGCUAGCGAGAACCUCUGUAACUGAUGACGGCCUCAAGUCACUCUCCCCUCUCAUCAAACUCCGUCAACUCAAUCUAUUCUCAGCCCCUUCCAUCACAGACACCGGAGCCGCAUGGCUCAGAGACUUAAAGAACCUCGAAGAACUCAGGCUCCUCGAAACAGGAAUCACCGAUGAGGCUCUCAGCACGAUUGCUCGCAUUCCAUCCCUGCAGAUACUUCAACUGCGAGGCAAAGCAAUCACCGACUCAGGACUCAUGAAGCUCGAAACCCUACACAACCUUCACUGCCUUCAACUGAACGAGACAAGCAUCGGCGACCAAGGCUUGCUCAUGGUCACGCACAUGCCCCAGCUCCAGUAUCUCUUUCUCAAUGGCACUAAUAUUUCCAAUCAGGCCCUGCGCCAUCUUCAAUCCCUGCACAAUCUCGAACACCUCCAUCUCAGUCACACGGCCAUCACCGACGAAGCAAUUGAGCCCCUGGCCCAACUGAAAUCGCUCCGUUCACUAGAGUUGACCGUGGGCAAUGGCGUCUCCAUCGAAGGCGCGACCUCUCUGCAGCAGGCCCUCCCCGAGUGCACAUUCCGUUGUGAGGACCCCAACGGCUCCAGCAUCACGCUCGACACGAAUGUUGUGUUGAAAGCCCGCAAGGCGGGUCCGUUCUUUGGGCGGCAUCCCUGGGUGCUCGAUUCGGCCAUCGACCGUGUGGACGGCGUGGUCGACGAUGGCGAUGUGGUCGAACUGGUCACGCCCAAGGGCGACUGGAUCGCUCGCGGCGUCUACAACAGCAACAGCCGCAUCCGCGUCCGGCUCUACACCUGGAACGCCAACCAAAUGCUCGAUCAGGCCUUCUGGCUCGAGCGCAUCCAACGCGCACUCGACCUUCGCCGCGAUCUGUACUACGACGACCCCGACGGCGCGGCCCGGCUCAUCUUCAGCGAAGCCGACGGCCUCAGCGGGCUUAUCGUCGAUCGCUACGGCCCGUACCUGGUCGUUCAACCCGGCGCCCUGGCCAUCCAUCACCGGCUCGACGACAUCGUGGCCCUGCUCCGCGAAACCCUCAACCCCCGCGGCAUCGUCCUUAGGGCUGAAAAGGGCAUCGCCCAGCGCGAGGGCAUUCAGCCCGAGAACGGACCCCUGUGGGGCGACGUGCCCGAGGGCCCCACACUCAUCACCGAGCACGGCAUUCAAUUCGGCGUCGAUCUCACCCAGGGCCAGAAGACCGGCUACUACCUCGACCAACGCGAGAACCGCCGCGCAGCCGCCGAGCAUUUCGCCGGCCGGAGCGUGCUCGACCUGUUCUGCUACACCGGCGGCUUCUCCCUGGCCGCCAGCAAGCUGGGUGCCGCCCGCGAGGUCCUCGGCAUCGACACCAGCGAACCCGCCAUCCAAAUCGCCCGGGCGAACGCCAAGCUCAACAGCCUUUCGAACGUGCAGUUCCAAGUCGCCGACGCCAAGCAGUGCUUCCCGCAACUCCGCGAACAAGGCCGCACGUUCGAAGCCAUCGUGCUCGACCCACCCAAGUUCGCCCAAGGCCGCCGCUCGGUCGACGCCGCGAUGCGAGCCUACCAGCACAUCAACCGCCAGGCCGUCGAACUGCUCCCGCCCGGCGGCAUCCUCGUCACCUGCAGUUGCUCCGGCUACAUCACCCGCGAAGACUUCACCCGCCUGCUAGCCACCAUCGCCAGCCAAACCAACCGCCGCAUCCAAAUCCUAGAAACCCGCGGAGCCGCCCCCGAUCACCCAGUGAACGUAAGCUGCCUUGAAAGCGAAUACCUAAAGUGCCUCAUCUGCCGGGCCGGUGAAGAAGAGUCGUUCCAGUUGGCCGCCUUCGUGUUCAUGCCCGACCACGUGCACCUACUGGUUGUCCCCGAGACUAGCGACGCCAACAUCAGCCGUUACCUGGCCCGGCUCAAGCAACCCUUCUCAAAGUACGUCAAAUCCCAGCUCGAAGAGAGUAAAUCACCGUUGGCAGACAAGCUGACCGUGCGGGAACGACCCGGCAAGACCACGUUCCGUUUCUGGCAAGAAGGCCCCGGCUACGACAGAAACCUCUUCGAGCCCAAGACGAUUGCAGCCUCACUCAAUUACCUCCACACCAACCCCGUCACCCGGAACCUCUGCCCCAGGGCCAUCGAUUGGACCUGGUCGAGUGCCCGGUUCUAUCACGGUGAGUCGCCUGGAAGGCAAGACCCGAAGUUACCGACAAUUCACGGUCUCCCGCCGGGAACGCUGGAGGACCUGAAGCUUGAUUGA